UGGCAGGGCGGACCGGUGCGGGCCGCGCGUGGCGGCGGCGAUGGGCGAAGGCGGGCUGCCCCCGGCCUUUCAGCUGCUGCUGCGCGCGUGUGACCAGGGCGACACGGAGACCGCGCGGCGGCUGCUGGAACCGGGGGCGGCGGAGCCAGCCGAGCGCGGCGCGGAGCCGGAGGCGGGGGCGGAGCCGGCGGGGGCCGAGGCGGCCGGGUCCGGGGCCUCAGCAGCGGUUACGGUCGGCGCUCCGGUGCCUGUGGACUGCUCCGACGAGGCGGGCAAUACCGCGCUGCAGUUCGCGGCGGCCGGGGGCCACGAGCCGCUGGUGCGCUUCCUGCUGCGCCGCGGCGCCUCGGUCAACAGCCGUAACCACUACGGCUGGAGCGCGCUCAUGCAGGCGGCCAGAUUUGGGCAUGUGAGUGUGGCACACCUCCUGUUGGAUCACGGGGCUGAUGUCAAUGCCCAGAACCGGCUGGGGGCCAGUGUGCUCACUGUGGCCUCUCGGGGUGGCCACCUGGGUGUGGUGAAGCUGCUCCUGGAAGCUGGUGCCUUUGUGGACCAUUACCACCCCUCGGGUGAGCAGCCGGGGUUGGGCAGCAGCAGGGAUGAGCCCCUGGACAUCACAGCCCUGAUGGCCGCCAUCCAGCAUGGGCAUGAGGCCGUGGUGCGUCUACUGAUGGAGUGGGGUGCGGAUCCCAACCGUGUAGCCCGGACCGUGAGCUGGAGCCCGCUGAUGCUGGCUGCACUCACUGGGCGACUUGGAGUGGCCCAGCAGCUGGUGGAGAAGGGUGCCAACCCCGACCACCUCAGCGUGCUCGAGAAGACUGCCUUCGAGGUUGCGCUGGACUGCAAGCACAGGGACCUUGUAGACUACCUGGACCCGCUGACCACCGUCAGGCCCAAAACAGAUGAGGAGAAAAGGCGACCUGAUAUUUUCCAUGCAUUGAAAAUGGGAAACUUCCAGCUGGUCAAAGAGAUUGCCGAUGAAGACCCCAGCCAGGUGAACUUGGUCAAUGGAGACGGGGCGACCCCACUGAUGCUAGCGGCUGUUACGGGGCAGCUGGCGCUGGUGCAGCUACUGGUGGAGAGGCAUGCGGAUGUUGACAAGCAGGACAGCGUGCAUGGCUGGACGGCCCUCAUGCAGGCCACCUACCAUGGGAAUAAGGAAAUUGUCAAAUACCUGCUAAACCAAGGAGCUGAUGUCACUCUUCGUGCAAAAAAUGGGUACACGGCCUUUGACCUGGUGAUGCUGCUGAAUGAUCCUGACACGGAACUUGUUCGACUGCUGGCAUCUGUCUGCAUGCAGGUGAACAAAGACAAAGGCCGGCCGAGCCACCAGCCACCGCUACCCCACUCGAAGGUCCGACAGCCCUGGAGCAUCCCAGUGCUGCCCGAUGACAAGGGUGGGCUGAAGUCCUGGUGGAACCGAAUGUCCAAUCGGUUCCGAAAGCUCAAACUGAUGCAGACGCUUCCCCGUGGGCUAUCCAGCAACCAGCCUUUGCCUUUCUCUGAUGAGUCUGAGCCAGCUCUGGACUCCACAAUGAGGGCCGCCCCCCAGGACAAGACAAGCCACUCUGCACUCCCUGAUGCAUCUCCUGUGACCAAAGACAAUGGUCCUGGGAGCGCAAGAGGAGAAAAGGAAGACGCAUUAUUGACAAUCAUGCUUCGAAACGGAGCUCCCCUCACCAGACUCCCGAGUGACAAGCUGAAAGCUGUCAUCCCGCCAUUCCUACCCCCUUCCAGUUUUGAGCUGUGGAGCUCUGAUCGGUCCCGGACACGUCACAAUGGGAAGGCAGACCCCAUGAAGACUGUGCUGCCCCAGAGAGCCAGCAGGGGCCACCCCGUGGGCAGUGUGAGCACAGAUACCACACCCGUCAGGCCUGUUAAAUUUCCAAGCCUCUCCAGAAGCCCAGCCUCUCCCACCAAUUCUGGAAACUUCAACCACUCGCCUCAUUCAUCUGGCGGCUCCAGUGGGGUAGGAGGUGUGAGCCGACACGCUGGGGAGCUGCUUAACCGCUCCGGUGGCAGUAUAGACAAUGUCUUGUCCCAGAUCGCUGCCCAGAGGAAAAAAGCAGCUGGAUUAUCGGAGCAGAAACCCAGCCAUCGGUCAACCCCUCUGGGGCCAGCACUGGGGUCCAGCCCGUCUGAGCUUCCAGCCUCCCCUGCAGGUGGCAGCAUUCCUGUUGGCAAGCAGAAAUUGGAGACCAGCAAAAGGCCUCCGUCUGGAACUUCCACUACCUCCAAGAGCACCUCCCCAACCCUCACGCCCUCCCCUUCACCCAAAGGGCACACUGCAGAGUCCUCAGUGUCUUCCUCCUCGUCCCAUCGGCAGUCCAGGAGCAGCGGGGGCUCCAGCAGUGGCACCAUCACAGAUGAGGAUGAACUGACUGGAAUCCUUAAGAAAUUAUCUCUUGAGAAAUAUCAGCCCAUUUUUGAGGAACAGGAGGUGGACAUGGAAGCAUUCCUCACGCUGACUGACGGCGACUUGAAGGAGCUGGGAAUUAAGACAGAUGGGUCCAGACAGCAGAUUCUGGCAGCGAUUUCUGAACUGAAUGCAGGCAAGGGACGCGAGAGACAAAUUUUACAGGAAACCAUUCACAACUUCCAUUCUUCCUUUGAGAGCAGCGCCAGCAACACCAGGGCCCCUGGCAACAGCCCCUGUGUAGGAUUAUAGAAUUGCAAUCCAGGAACCCGGGGAUGUCAGAGAGCUGGUAAGUGGAGCUAAACUUCUUAACAAGACAUACAACGCCCUAAAGCAAAUAAUAACAGACUUGACUACGUAAAAAUUAAAGAUUUAUUUUUAAAUGAAGAACACAAUGUGAACAGAUGGGGGAAGAUGUUUGCAGUAUCUAAAUCGGACGGGAUCAAUAAGGGGUUAGUAACUAGAAAUAUUUGCAAACCAAGAAAAGGUCAUUGACAGAAACAGACACUUGAAUAUUCGACAAGCAUAGGAAGAGAUGCUCAACUUUAGCAGUAACUGAGAGGUGUGCACAUUACAGUAAGAUCCACUGUAUACCCACUAAUUUUAAAAACGACAAAGGUGGAUAAUGCUGCAUGUUGGCAAAGAUGUGGAUCAUGUUCGCUGGCAUGGCCAUCUGGAAAGCACUCUGGCAUAUUUAAGGGAAGUUGUGUAUGUGCCUGCCUGAGGUGCAGCACCCCAGGCCUGUGUGCCCCGAGAUGGGUUUUGCCCUCCUCCUGCUGUAGGCUGUGUCAUGGGGAUUGGUCCCUCCAGCCUGUGUUUCCCAGGCUUCUUGUCAUCUGACUUCCACUGAGUGGCCCUAAUGGGUUCUACUCGUCUUCUUCAUGGAAGAAGUCACUGUGUUCUAGGCACUGAAGAUACUUUUUCUGUCAGCACUGAGCUGUGUUGGCUUAGGGUAAGAACUGAAUCAGAGCCUGGGACUUCCUAUUCUACCAUCUCGCUCCCAUCACAAGAAAUAUGAGAAGUUCUGCAGACUGUCAGAGGAAGGAAGAAGCCAGGGUGUUCUCCUCCUCCCUUGGCCUCAGUUGGCAUCUCCAAAGGGCCAGCUGUGGCCAAACAGCUCAGCUGGGUUUCCAGCUUUACCAGCUAACCUCUCUCCUCUGUCUCUCCAGCCUGGGGAAGGGGACAGUUUCCUGCUGUUGCUGUUGUAGAUGGCUGCCUCUUCCAUCCUCUGAGUAACUAGUUCCCUGCAUUUAAGUCUCCCUGUGUUACAUACUCAAGCAGUUUCUAUUUUCUAUGAGGCUGAUGAAUAUACCUGUGAUCCAGCAGUCCCAAGCCUGAAUAUAUAUCCUUCAGAGAAACUCUCCUGCAGGCCCCCAAGGGAAGAUGUACAAGGACGUUCACAGCAUUGUUUGUAAAAAUGGAGAGUUAGAGGUACCAUGGGCACUUACUGCUAGAGGAAUGAAUAUUUUAUAAGGAUAGAUAAAUAUGUGACGUAUAUCCGGCACAUGGGAGGAGUGACCAUGAUGGAGGUUGGGAGAAGAAUGGAAAUUAGGGAUGAAGGGGAAAACGAAAGGGGAAAAGGGCCUUGACUCUGUCUCUAACCGAAGAGGUGGUUUACCCAGGCUCUGCAAAUGAGGUUGAAAGCAAUGUACACUCUAUUCUCAAAGGAUGAAUGUGAUAACCCAGGCAGAGGGAAAAACUUAAGAAAGGAAUGGAGGCUGAGAAGUUGUUUAUCCAGGGAACAGCAAGAAGUAGAAUGUGUCUGGGGCCUGGGGUCUGUCGCUGGAAAAGUGGGUUGUGGGAGGCCCUUGAGGCCUCAGGAACCUUAUCAAGGAUGCUGGACUCAGCCCUAUAAAAUCACAGGAUGACAGCCACACUCAAAGGAGCUGAAAGAUCUGUUCAGCCUCUCAUGAUGAUAGAUGGGGAAGCAGGUGCAGAGAGGGGCAGGGAUUGGCACAAAGUCAUAUGGGACAAAACUGAUCCAGAGCUGGAAUUUCAUGACUUUUGUUUAGAGAAUUUCCUCUUCACCAAGCCCCCAACUCUGCUGAGAACUCUGCUGGUUCUGGAGACACAACCCCAGCCCUCAAGGAGCUCCAUUCGUAGGAGAAAAACAGACUCGGAUAGCCCUGACUGAUGGUGAGAUGUCUGUGACAUUGGUGGCCCCUGCGAACUGUGUCUCCCCACAUCCAUGCCGUUUUGAAGGCCAGGAGAAGAACUUGGAGCUGAGGCCAGCCCCAAUUACAGUCAUAAGCAAAUAAAGUGGUGGUUAUUCUAAGCCAAUAACAUUUGGGGGUGGU